AUGGAGGCCGUCUUCGAGUGGCGAGACAAGUCCACCUGCCGGCCCGAAUUUGCUCGCCUUUUAAAGUUCCGUUUACUCAGUUCCAACACGAACUUCUUGGCCAGCUAUCUUGGUUUCUCGCAACCGAGCCAGCUCUACCAUUUCGUUGACUAUAUUGUCCCGCUUGUAAUCCACCCGUUCAUCAGCCUGUGCGCGCGUGGCGACUUCACCUACACUCACAAGCUUCCCACGAGUGAGGACUCCAUGUGGCUCAAAGACGCUCUGGAUAACAGCGAACCCGAUACGGUCCUGGUAGGCUAUUGCACAGACGACCCUUUGUUCCACAGACAAGAGCUUGUCAGGAUGGAUGAGGUUGAGCCAACCUUCACAGUCAUGGCUUGCAUAUACAAGUUAAUAAAAGCCAAUCCUGCAAGAUUCAAAGAACCGACGACGGGUCUUGAUCACGAGUGUGCAUGGGGCAUUCAUCACGAGGACUGGCAACGCGCCUUGGAGGUCAUCUAUUUCACCAAAAAACGCAGGGCAGACUUUGGCAAUUGUCCCGUGAAAGGCAAGUACAAGUACGACCAUUUCAGGAGAUGCGAUGAAUAUAUUCACGCUUACGCCACGCCAUAUGUCAUUACUUACGCAGUGACUGAAGCGAUCUAUGCUUGA